AUGGAAGAUGGAGAAGUGGAAUCCAAAAUUACAACAGCCUCUCCCUCAAAAACAUAGCAUUACAAGCAAAACGAGUUCGGUGAAAUGGGAGGAAAUAUUGGAGGUAUGAUUGAUAACUAGAAUAAUUCUAUUUCUAAAGAUUUUGAAGCUCAAAGCAAUGAGAUGAUUCCAAAUUCUAAGCUGAAUCAAUAUGAUUCGAAUACUGAUAGUUUUUAAAAUCAGCAAUAGUACCAGGCAUCUCUCACAGAGAAAAAGCUAAAUAAUUAUCUUCAAUAAGCCAAAUAUCUGAUGAGCGGAAAUUAAUAACAACAGAUAAACAUAACAAACCAAGAGACAAGCGGGAGGCAGAAAAAAAUUUAAAAGCAAAUCUCGCCUUAAUUAGCCAAGAAUUCUCUUGCAGAGGGGAGUACUCACAUUAACACUCAUGACAUGAUUUAAACUCAAGCCCAAAGAAAGUCAUAAACUUCUAACUAGAAUUAGAUGAAUAUUGAGGAGUAAAGCCAUUAAUUGCUAGAUAGUAAUCCAUCUUAGUAAAAUUUAUUCAAUCCAUCUGAUGACAGUAAGGAUACGCCAUCUGAUAAAGGAAAAUUAAAAAAUUCUUUCAAAACAUAAACAAAAAGACCUGAAAAGCUUAGAGCACUUAAAUAAGAUGAAGCUAGAAAAUCAUAUUCAGAUUAAAAGGCUUAUCUAACAGCAAGGUAGCCAAACACCCAUAAAAAGUAGGAAAGCCAGAAUUAUAAGACUCCAUCUAGUAAAGAUUUAUCCCUUGGUUUUAACUCCAGUAAAACUUCAGAGAUGAGUCGCCAGCAAGCUCAAGGUAGGUUUAAUUCUAAAAUUAGCAAAACAGAUUCUAUAAAGAAAACAAAUAAAAUUCCUCCAAAUUAAAUCAUGGACAGAUUAGAUAAUAUGGGUCUUGAUGAAGAUUCUUAUGAUAACAAUAAUUAUGAUAAUGAUGAUGGAGUACUAAGAUAUGGCGAUGAAUAACAAUAUGAACAGCUAAGAGUAUUAGAUUAUGAUGAAGAUGGAGGCUAAUAAAUGGAUCUAGGUCAUGUGAAAGCUAUAAAUAAGAGACACACUUCAAAGACAGAAGUCUUUUCACCUACUUCUUAGAGAACUAAAUUUGGUGGUAUUAAUCAUUAAGCCCUUAAAUAACCACCUUUGUACCCAUUAAAUUCUCAAAAAGUUAGCAUUAGCAAGGCAACCACAUCAAUUGGAAUAGGAUCUGGGGCAGUAGCAACACAUAAGAAAAAUUAAAGUUAAAUGCAAAUGAUUUAAGAUAAAGUUGGUCUCUAAUCAUAAGGCUCGACUAGAAAUGGAAAUUUGAAUAAGAAACAUCUAACAGCUACAACAUCGCCUCAAGCAGAUUCAAGAUAACUCAAUAAACGCCUUUCAAAAGGUAAAAAGCCUUCGAUUGGAGGAACAGUGGUUUACAACCAAGCAUCUUCAAGAAAUAAUCAGAGGAAAGUAAUAAAUGCUCAUGAAAUAUAAGAAGACUUCGAUGAGGAUGAAGAUUACAGAAAUCAACAACACCCUAAUUUUUAGCAUCAAUAAAGGGAAUAAGAUAUGUUAAACUCUGUCAUCUCCCCUAGUCAGUCAAGUAAAUUCUAAUUUCAGCCAAAGUUUUUUAAACCAACAAAUGUCCCAGCAGGAAAUGUUGGCAGGCAGUCCUAGAGCAUGGAAGAGCCAAUGCUUCACUUCUCUUCAAUCCAUCCUUUAGAACUAAGAAAGGAUGGAGUCAAUAAAAAUUUACUUUGA